UGCUCCGGGGCAGCGGCGGCCGCGGUGCCGUGCGGGGCCAUGGCGGCCCCGGACAGCUGCGUGAAGGUGGCCGUGAGGAUCCGCCCUCAGCUGCCCAAAGAGAAGAUAGAGGGAUGUCACAUCUGUACCUCAGUGACACCUGGCGAGCCCCAGGUGCUGCUGGGCAAGGACAAGGCCUUCACCUAUGACUUUGUCUUUGACCUGGACACGUGGCAGGAGAGGAUCUACACCACGUGCAUGGGGAAGCUCAUCGAGGGCUGCUUCGAGGGCUACAAUGCCACUGUGCUGGCCUAUGGGCAGACUGGAGCAGGGAAGACGUACACCAUGGGCACUGGCUUUGACAUGAGCAUCUCCGAGGAGGAGCAGGGCAUCAUCCCCCGGGCCAUCAGCCACCUCUUCAGCGGCAUCGAGGAGCGGCGGCGCGCGGCGCAGAGCCAGGGCCUGGCAGCGCCCGAGUUCAAAGUCAGCGCCCAGUUCCUGGAGCUGUACAACGAGGAGAUCCUGGACCUGUUUGACAGCACCCGCGACCCCGACUCGCGCCACCGCAAAUCCAACAUCAAAAUCCACGAGGAUGCCAGCGGGAGCAUCUACACCACAGGGGUCACCUCACGCCUCAUCAGCUCCCAGGAUGAGCUGAUCCAGUGCCUAAAGCAAGGAGCCCUUUCCCGCACCACGGCCAGCACCCAGAUGAACGUGCAGAGCUCCAGAUCCCAUGCCAUCUUCACUAUUUACCUGUGCCAGACGAGAGUGUGUGCCCGCCCAGAGCUGGUGAAUGAGGAGGUGAGCAGCCUUCUGGAUGGAUCCCAACCUGCUGCUGAGUACGAGACCUUGACAGCCAAGUUUCACUUUGUGGACCUGGCUGGCUCGGAGAGGCUGAAGCGGACGGGUGCCACGGGCGAGAGAGCCAAGGAGGGCAUCUCCAUCAACUGUGGGCUGCUGGCCUUGGGGAAUGUCAUCAGUGCCCUUGGAGACCAGAGCAAGAAGGUCGUGCACGUGCCCUACCGCGACUCCAAGCUCACCCGCCUGCUGCAGGAUUCCCUCGGGGGCAACAGCCAAACCAUCAUGAUUGCCUGCGUGAGCCCCUCUGACCGGGAUUUCAUGGAGACCCUGAACACGCUCAAGUACGCCAACCGCGCUCGCAACAUCAAGAACAAGGUGGUGGUGAACCAGGACAAGACGAGCCAGCAGAUCAGCGCCCUGCGCGCCGAGAUCGCCCGGCUGCAGAUGGAGCUCAUGGAGUACAAGGCAGGCAAGCGUGUGAUCGGGGAGGAUGGCACGGAGGGCUACAGCGACCUGUUCCGGGAGAACGCCAUGCUGCAGAAGGAGAACAGCGCGCUGCGCAUGCGCGUCAAGGCCAUGCAGGAGGCCAUCGACGCCAUCAACAGCAGGGUCACCUACCUCAUGAGCCAGGAGGCCAACAUGAUGCUGGCCAAAGCAGGUGACGGGAACGAAGCCAUCGGCACCCUGAUCCAGAACUACAUCCGGGAGAUUGAGGAGCUGAGGACGAAGCUGCUGGAGAGCGAGUCCAUGAACGAGUCCCUGCGGCGCAGCCUCUCACGGGUCUCUGCUCGAGGCCCGUUCCCCGUGGGCUCCUCACCGGGCCCGGGCCUGGCUGGGAUCUGCAGCCCCGCGGCCACCCUGGACACCGAGGCCUCCGACGUGCUCCGGAGGGCCAAGCAGGACCUGGAGCGCCUCAAGAAGAAAGAGCGGCGGCAGCAGAGGAAGAGCCCAGAGAAGGAGGCGUUUAAGAAGAGGCAGAAACUGCAGCAGGACAAUGGGGAAGAGACGGAUGAGAACGAGGUGGAAGAGGAAGAGGAAGAACAGGAUGAGAGUGGCUGUGAGGAAGAGGAUGGGCGCGAGGAUGAAGAUGAGGACUCGGCCAGUGAAGAGAGCCUGGUGGACUCAGACUCGGAUGCAGAGGAGAAGGCUGUGAAUUUCCAGGCUGACCUGGCAGAUCUGACCUGUGAGAUUGAGAUCAAGCAGAAGCUGAUUGAUGAGCUGGAGAACAGCCAGCGGCGGCUGCAGACCCUCAAGCACCAGUAUGAGGAGAAGCUGAUCCUGCUGCAGAACAAGAUUCGGGACACGCAGCUGGAGCGGGACCGGGUCCUGCAGAACCUCAGCACCAUGGAGUGCUACACCGAGGAGAAAGCCAACAAGAUCAAGGCAGACUAUGAGAAGCGGCUGAAGGAGAUGAACAGGGACCUGCAGAAGCUGCAGGCAGCCCAGAAGGAGCACGCUCGCCUGCUCAAGAACCAGAGCCGCUACGAGCGGGAGCUGCGCAAGCUGCAGGCAGAGGUGGCCGAGAUGAAGAAGGCAAAGGUGGCGCUGAUGAAGCAGAUGCGGGAGGAGCAGCAGCGGCGCCGCCUGGCCGAGACCAAGAGGAACCGGGAGAUCGCGCAGCUCAAGAAGGAGCAGCGCCGGCAGGAGUUCCAGAUCAGGGCUCUGGAAUCUCAGAAGCGACAGCAGGAAAUUGUGCUGCGGAGGAAAACCCAGGAGGUGUCAGCGCUGCGCCGUCUGGCCAAGCCCAUGUCCGACAGGGUGGCGGGCAGGACGGGCCCCAAGCCGCCCAUGCUGGACUCAGGGGCCGAGGUCUCGGCCAGCACCACCUCCUCCGAGCCCGAGAGCGGCGCUCGCUCCGUCUCCAGCAUCGUGCGCCAGUGGAACAGGAAAAUCAACAACUUCCUGGGAGACUCCUCGGCCUCCAUUAACGGGGCUCGGCCUGCCAGGAAGAAGUUCCCCAAGAAGGGGUCGAGCCAGACCUUCAGCAAAGCUGCCCGCCUCAAGUGGCAGUCGCUGGAGCGGCGCAUCUUCGACAUUGUCAUGCAGAGAAUGACCAUUGUCAACCUCGAGGCAGACAUGGAGAGGCUCAUCAAGAAACGUGAGGAGCUGUCGCUGCUGCAGGAGGCGUUGCUGGGCAAGCGGGCAAAGCUGCAGGCAGAGAGCCCCAAGGAGCAGAAGGGUCUGCAAGAGCUGAAUGAGGAGAUUGAGGUGCUGGGGGCCAACAUUGACUACAUCAACGACAGCAUUUCAGACUGCCAGGCCACCAUCAUGCAGAUUGAGGAGACCAAGGAGGAGCUGGACUCCACGGACACCUCGGUGGUGAUCAGCUCCUGCUCCCUGGCCGAAGCCCGGCUGCUGCUGGACAACUUCCUGAAAGCCUCCAUCGACAAGGGGCUGCAGGUGGCCCAGAAGGAGGCGCAGAUCCGGCUGCUGGAGGGGCGCCUGCGGCAGACAGACGUGGCCAACUCCUCUCAGAACCACGCCCUGCUGGAUGCCCUGAGGGAGAAGGCUGAGUCCCACCCCGAGCUGCAGGCACUGAUCCACAACGUCCAGCAAGAGAAUGGCUACACCAGCACAGAUGAGGAAGUUUCAGAGUUCAGCCUGGCCUCAGAUGGGAGCAUCUCCCAGUCUUUUACCAUGAAGGGCUCAGCAAGCCAGGAUGACUUCAAGUUCAAGGGGGAGCCCAAGCUUUCGGGGCAGAUGAAGGCAGUGUCAGCUGAGUGUCUGGGACCCACGCUGGACGUGUCCACCAAGAACAUCACCAAGUCCUUGGCGUCCCUCAUGGAGAUCAAGGAGGACGGGAUCGGCUUCUCCAUCCGGGACCCCUAUUACAAGGAGAAGGUGUCACGGACCAUCAGCCUGCCCACCCGGGGCAGCACCUUUCCCAGGCAGUCCCGGGGCUCGGACACCUCGCCCCUGACCCGGCGGAAAUCCUACGACCGUGGGCAGCCUGCCAGGCCUGCAGACAUUGGCUUCACACCGCCCUCCUCCCCACCCACCCGUCCGCGCAACGACCGCAACGUCUUCUCCCGUCUCACGAGCACCCAGAGCCAGGGAUCUGCCUUGGACAAGUCUGAUGACAGCGAUUCCUCUGUCUCGGAGGUGCUGAGGGGCAUCAUCAACCCGGUGGGUGGCACCAAGAAUGCCAGGACAGCCCCUCUGCAGUGUGUCUCAGUGGCAGAGGGACACACCAAGCCUGUGCUCUGCCUGGAUGCCACCGAUGAGCUGCUCUUCACGGGCUCCAAAGACCGCAGCUGCAAGAUGUGGAACCUGGUGACAGGCCAGGAAAUCGCCUCUCUCAAGGGCCACCCCAACAAUGUGGUUUCCAUCAAGUACUGCAGCCACACGGGGCUGGUGUUCACCGUGUCCACGUCCUACAUCAAGGUGUGGGACAUCCGCGACUCCGCGCGCUGCGUCCGCACCCUCACGUCGUCGGGCCAGGUGAUCUCUGGGGACGCGUGUGCCGGGACCAGCAGCCGCACGGUCACCAGCGUGCAGGGCGAGCACCAGAUCAACCAGAUCGCGCUCAACCCUGCGGGCACCGCGCUCUACGCGGCCGCCGGCAACGCCGUGCGCGUCUGGGAGCUCAGCAGGCUGCAGCCCGUGGGGAAGCUGAGCGGCCACAUCGGGCCCGUGAUGUGCCUCACAGUGAGCCAGACACCCAGCAACCACGACUUGGUGGUCACAGGCUCCAAGGAUCACUAUGUCAAGGUGUUUGAGAUCACGGAGGGCAUGGUGGGCAAUAUCAGCCCCACUCACAACUUCGAGCCCCCUCACUACGAUGGCAUCGAGUGCCUGGCCAUCCAGGGAGAUGUCCUCUUCAGUGGCUCCAGGGACAACGGCAUAAAGAAGUGGGAUCUGGAGCAGCAGGAGCUUAUCCAGCAAAUCCCCAAUGCCCACAAGGACUGGGUGUGUGCCCUGGCCUUCAUCCCCGGGCGCCCCAUGGUGCUGAGCGCCUGCCGAGGAGGCGUCAUCAAGGUGUGGAACGUGGACAACUUCACCCCAGUGGGGGAGAUCAAGGGCCAUGACAGCCCCAUCAACGCCAUCUGUACCAACUCCAAGCACAUCUUCACUGCCUCCAGUGACUGCCGGGUAAAGUUAUGGAAUUACGUGCCUGGGCUCACCCCUUGCCUUCCACGACGCGUCCUUGCCAUAAAGGGCCGUGCUACUAGUCUGCCUUGACCCUCCUGCUCUUGACUCUCUUGCUCAUAUGCUCCUCUUCUGUCUCUCCUUCCCUUUUCUCUCCAUCUCUCCCCUCUUUCUGUCCCUCUCACUGUUGCUUUUGCUCCUCUCUCUCUUUCCCUCCCCCCCCCCGUUUUUUCUCUGGUCUGAGCUGCUUCUUCACGGUAUGAAACUAUUCUGAGUUUUUCUCCACUUGAUUAGUCUUUGUUAGAAUGGACUCACCCCCUUGGCCCAGUCAUCCCCUGCCUUGGUUUCACUUUUUGGUUUUUUUUCCUCGCCAAGUGCCCACAUCUACUUUGGCACCUCAGUGGGAAGCCACGGCCUGCCCGUGCCUUUGCAUGGAUAGUGGGUUGGGAGUCAGCAGCCACCCCCAAAUCAGCCCAUGCCCCAGGAGCAAAGCAGCUCCCUGGAUUUCACUGCUGGAGCUCAUUCAGGGCGGGUAGGAGUCCUGGUGCGGGGUCACCCUUUCCCUUUGUCCCCAGCUGCUGCCAGAGGGGUGAGCUGGAGGCUGAGCCCCAUUGGGUUUGCCUUCUCCCCAAAGUGCACCAGACAAUUCCUGCCAGGGGAGAAGGGCCUGGAAGCUUGGAGGGCUGCAUGUUGCCGUGGUGGGGAGGGGAGGGCAGUGAGCACCCUGUGGGCAGUGCUGUGGGGCUCCUGCCCCAACCCCUGGGUCAUGCUGUCCCUCUCACCUUUGCUCCUCAGCGACUUGACAGUGAAGCUCUGGAGUGGGAGGAGGUUGCCUGCGGGGUCAAACUAGGAACUGCACAAAGACUGCAAGGCGUGGGCAGGGUGAGGGGCAGGGCACCUCCCCUGCUCUCAGUGAGGACUCAGCCACCCACAGGAGCUCAGCCCAGCACAGGGGUUUCUUUGUGCCUGACCCAACGGGGUGGACAAUGCUGCAUCUGGUACUCUGGUCAGCUCCUGUGAGGAAGCAGCUCUGUGGGGCAGCAGCAGCUCCACCUGCCCUCCUGCUGAGGUUUCUGAUGGUUCUCCAGUGAACAGGAAAUGUUUCAUCUCUCACCAUCCUGCUGUAAGGACUUUGGGGGUCAGAGGUCCCUGACUCCUCAGAGACACCCAGCUCCCUCCUGCCAUGGCUCUGCCGUGCUGUGCUGCUCCUGGGCUGGUUCCUGCAGGAGUCUUCUCCACUCCACGAGGACAUUUGGUGUCUGCUGGCCAGGACCACCACACAGAGGAUGCUUCUCUGGAGCCAUUACUUGUGAGACACCUCUGCUGUGCGGACUGCAGAAGGAUUUCCUGGUACUCCCAGCCUUCCCUUUCCUGUGUGGACGUGUCCCAGUGGUUGGAGGGAGCACUCUGAGCUCCUUUGCCAUGUCCCAUCUCGUGAGUUACAGCAAGUCUGGGAUGUUCUCCAUUGGGCAGCUGCCAGACUGACCUGCUACAGUUCCUUUGACAUUCUCCAAACCCCACUUGUAAACUCAACUGCCCCCUGGCUCUGGGCUCUUUCCCACAUACCCAGCCUGCUCAGCCCUGCUCUGGACAUCCUGACCCCAUCAGGGCUUUGUGCUGGGUUCCUGCACCAGUUAACCCCCUUGGGAUGGAGAAAUGAAGCAAGAAUGGAGCUUACAGGGCAGAAAGGCCAAGGCUGGAUUUGGCACCCCACUGCUGUGGCUCUGUCUGUCCUUCCCUUGGGUUCUGCCCUCAGACUCUGCCUGGACUGGAGCUUGCUCAGGCUGGGCCUGCAUGGAUGCAAGGCUGGAGAGGAGCCAGCAAGGCAGGGAGCAGCAGCCAGAGUCACUGGCAGGAGCAGAGGGGGACAGGGUUGCACACUGAUCUUGCACAAGUCCCUGACUCCCCCUGUGCUGGAAGGACAAUCCUGCAGUGGAUGAUCUCGCACAAUCUCAUCUCCUGGAGGGUCUGGGGGCUCCACCCUGGAGUGUUUCCCCAAGGACAUUCUGCAGGCUCUUUCCUCUGUCUCUCCUGUUCCAGAGGGGCUGGUAAGGCCCUGGUCACACACUGGAGCUUCCCUCAAUCUCUCCUAUGGCCCACUGGACCAUCCCCUGCUCUGUCCUGCCUUGUGGAAUGGCCGAGGAGACCCCAGGAUGGGUGUUCCUGCCUCACACACUCUCCUUUCCCCUUUGUCACAGAAGAAGCAGCACUUGAACUCAAAUUUAAGGAUUUCUCCAUGUGAUCCCGCAGCACUGAACUGGGAUCUUGGAGGCCAGGGGCUCCAGGACCUGCCCCAUCAAGCACAGACCAUUUCCCCUCUGCUCUCUCCAACCACGGUGAUACCAUGACCUGCCCCAGCUCAUCUGCCACCAACCCUUGUUCCAAGCACUCUGGCUGGAGUGAGGGGAUCCCUCUGCAUCUCUGCAUCAUGAAAGACAGGAAUUUCUGUAUUGAUUUGGUGGGGGAAGGGGAGGGUUGCCUUUUUUUGGGAAAAUUCCAUCCUGCUGGCUUGCCUUGUUGGAGGGUAAAUGGUACAUGUGUGUGAGUGUGUCUGUGUGUCUGUCUGUCUGCGUGUGUGUGUGACCCUGCCAGGACAGUCCCUGCUCCCUGUGAGUGUGGCUGAGCCCUGCGCAGCCAGGACUGGUGGCUGUGCUGAGGAGAGGCUCCCAUCCAUCCUGUGUGACCUGUGCAGGCCAGAAGUGCACAGAGAGCUCAGCACCCAGUGGCACACAGCCCUGGGGGUCUGCAGGAGGUGUCUCCCACCCCCCAGGCCUGUCUUGGAGGGGUUUUUACACUCAUCCCUCAGCUGGUUUGGCUGGAGGGGCUCUGUGUGUGUGUGGCUGUCUCUGGGAAGUGUUUGGCUGUAAGUAUUGAAUCUGUGUGCUCUGAGAUCUCCAGUGCCU